CAAAAUCCUCGUCAUUUUACAGCUAUCAAACAACCCCACCACCUGGCUGGCUAUUUUCACUUGCCCCCAACAUAUAUUCACAUCAAGAUUUGCAGCAAAGUAACUGUAGUUCACAAAUUUGUUAAGUUAAACUUGGAUUAGCUAUAGCUAGGUAAUAUACUUGUUAUUUCCUGCAUGAAUAUUGGGAGGAUUUUGUUAACUAAAAAGAGCCUGUUGACAGGACGAACUUAUUCUUAUUUAUCGAAGAAGAUGAAGAAGAAAACGAAGAAGGAAUCUGAAAGGAGAAAGCUAAUUAGAAAGAGAUCACUAAAAGAGAAGAAUAUGGUUCAAAAGUUGUAUGAUACUUGCAAGGAAGUGUUUGCUAAUGGUAAGGCUGGCUAUGUUCCUCCUCCCUCCGACAUCCACCGACUAAAGUUGGUACUCGAUAGUCUGGAACCAGAAGAUAUCAAGCUUACAGUGCCAAGCUUGGAAUUUUCAAGUAGAAGUGGAACUGAAGAUGAAGCUCCUCUUGUCACCUACAUUAAGCUUCAUGAAUGCAACAAAUUUUCGGUAUAUAUAUAUAUA